AGGAGCAGAAAUCGCGAGGCGGCAGUAGCAGCUCUGAGAUAGAUAUCUCGUUAGAGGCUUCACCUUGAAGCUAAUUUGGUCACGGCCGGCUGCCUGGUGGUGGAAGCUCAUCGGAAGGCGUGGGGCUUGAUCGCGACGAUGAAGCGGAGCGGCAGCGGUGCGGGGAGCUGCCUGGGGCUGGUGGUCAUGGCCGUGGUGUCGACGGGCAUCAUCCUCAUCUCGUACCACCUCCACCGCCGGCUGGAGGCCGACAUGAAGGUCAAGAUCGGCGAGGGGGCGAACCUGCAGGACCGGCGCCGGCGCCGGCCGCGGGGGGCGAAGAGGGUCAAGAAGGUGCGGUUCGCGGACGACGUGGUGGAGCCGUCGUCGAACAACGAGGAGUACCGGCGGCGGGUCUGGUCGUCGUCGCCGCCGCCGUCGACGAUCAGUAGCGGCGCCGUGGUUGACGCCGAGACCCUCAGCCUCAGCCUCGGCCCGCUGCCACGGAAGGGCGACGCCCUCCUCGCGCUGCCGGCUCCGACGCACGCGAUGCGGCGGCGCACCCGCCGGCCGCCGGAGCCCGACGCAUGCCGGCAGCGUGCGUGAGCCGUCGCGUCGUCUCGAUCACCUGGCUGGUGGUUAGCUUGGACGCACAGAUCAGCAGAGAGCGAUCCCGGCUGGUCGUGCCAGCGGCGGCGUGUCGCGGCAUGCGACAUGUCGUCAUGCCAUGAUGCUCAGAUUUUCAGGUGUCGCAAGCUUUCCUCGAGUAGGUUGUAAUAAACCGA